AUGACCACUAAUGGCGGUAGAGGUUCGCCCAGCAGACGCAAAUCUAUCGCGGUAGCCAACCAGAAUCGACCUCUUCAUCCAGGCAAGAAGCGGCGAGCACAUUCUAUUGCACCUGGAGACAAGAUCAAUAUUGCUUCGAAGACACGUCGGUCACUGGCUCCCCGAAAAAGUAUCCUCAAACCGGCAGUCAACAUCCCUGAGGAUGAUGAUGAUGCCACGCAAUCCAUGGAUCUGACCCAUGUUCACGAAAACACGCGAAAAUCUCUUGCACGGCGCGUUAGCUUCGCAGACCGGGCACACGUCCGGUUAUUCGAAACACAGGAACAAAAUACGAACAGCACCGCUUCCCCUCAGUCCUCGCCCGUGCAGGAGGCCGUUGAACGAGGCCCUACAGAUGAAAAUGCAUAUCCUGGAGCAAGCAAAUUCCGUCGCCGAAGCUCAAUUCGAUCCAUCGCUUUCAGUGAUGGUGCAGGAGAGGAGUCCAUGGAUAUGGACUCCGAUGAUACAGCUUUUGGGCCAGCUGCAUAUCUACGAGCUCAAAAUGAGGAGUUGCUUAUUAAUGACGACCUUGCGGAUGAUGACUUCGACUUUGAUGACGAUGACAUGGAGGUCACCGAAGCCAUUCAGGUCGAUAUUCAAAAGCGACGCUCCUUGGCACUUGCUCCUUCUCGCCAACCACUUGCAGAUGUAAUCUCGUCACCAGACAAUCAUGACGGGGGUGGUCAGCAGCAGGCUCCUGCUGACCAGUCCUAUACUGAAGAUGAUUCCCACCAAUCUCAGUCAUUCAUAUCUGAAGGCGAUGUCUCUCAGCCAAUGGAGUUCACUGUGCCACUCAUCCGUCCACCAGCCCCCCCAAGUGAAGCCUGGCUUGCUCUUCGAUCAGUCACCCACUCUGGUGAAACCCCAUACGUUCCCUCAUCCGACGAAGAGGACGGACAUGGGGGACAGGACAUGGAGAUCACCGAUGCUCUCACGAGGCUCCAAGCAGCUCGUGAAUCCCUCGGGUUCGGAAAUGGAAUAGAUGUUGAAGAAUCUGGACAACAGAACGACAGCUUCAGUAGCUCUGAGGAUAGUUUUGCGCAAGAUGAUGUGGGAAACGACGGCAACCAGACUAUCAAUGUCACCCAGCUUAUGCGCCGGGUCAGUCUUAGUGCUGGCAUCGGAGAUGGGAAUUCUACCGUGGAGAUCACGUCCACGUAUGACAGGCAGGAGGAGCCAAGCGAGGACCAGUCUGAUGUUGCAGGCACGGACCUCUCGUUCCCCUCCGCGCAACCGACAGUUGAGGCUCAUGAGGAUAUCGCUCAGAUCGAACCACAGGAGCCUACCGUAUUCAAACCUGCCCCGCCACCUGGGGAGAUCCCAAAUGCACUCACACCAGCUCCUGUUCCACGACCUGCUACGGUUCCCAAGCCAUUCUCGUUUUCCUUCACGCCUCGCGGACAAACGCCAGCAUCGCCAGUCCGCCCUCGUCCUCCUUCACCUACCAAAUCACCGAGCAAAGCCAAAUUUUCUGCAGCUUUUGCUCCUCCUAAUCAGAAGACAGACCCAGUCCUGCCAAAAAGCUAG